CACAACGCCAUCUCUGCUACGGAGACAAAAGAUCCGCAGAGGUAACACUGGCUUGUCAAAUGCGGAGUCGCGUCCAACGAAGGCACUCAUGGCUGUGACCUGCUCUUGACAGAGCCCAAACCGUGGAAGCAUAUAUGUCUGACCUUUUGCUGCUCGACAGCCCUUCUCUCCUCAGCAAGCUUCGAACACGAACAGCCAUCUCGCUCAUUACAACCAACAAUCAUUUCGGAAUGCUUUCCACCCACAUCCUAGCCCUGGCGGCCCUCCUUGGCCUAGCAACCAGCGCCCCAACUCUCGAAAGCCGUGGCCGCAAACUCCAAUAUCUUGGAAUCAACGAAGCUGGUCCCGAGUUCGGCACAGCUCUCCCAGGUCUCUACAACAAAGACUACAUCUGGCCAGAUCUCUCCACGAUCCAGGGCAAAAUCGACUCAGGCUUCAAUGUCUUUCGCAUCAACAUCCAGCAGGAAAGACUGACCCCCGGCGGGUUGACUUCUGGCUUCGAAAAAUACUACUUGGCGAAUUUGACUCAGACCAUCAAUGCCAUCACUUCCAAGGGCGCGUAUGCUAUGAUUCAGCCACAUAAUUACGGAAGAUUUUACGGGCAAAUCAUGACUUCGACGAGUGAUUUUGGGACGUGGUGGAGGAAUGUUGCCGCGGUGUAUAAGAAUAAUGAUAAGGUUAUCUAUGAUACUAACAAUGAAUUCUGGGGCAUGUCCGGACGUGUGGUAGCAGAUAUGAACCAAGCGGCCAUCAACGGCAUCCGGGCCGCAGGAGCCAAGCAAACCAUCCACGUCGAAGGCAACGCCUGGACCGGCGCCUGGACCUGGACAACAGCCAAAGGCACCGACGGCCUCACCAACGCCGAAACAAUGGGCAAUCUUACCGACACCGAAAACAAACUCAUCUACCAAAUGCAUCAAUACCUCGACACCGACGGAAGCGGAACCUCACCAAAUUGUAUCAGCGCCACAAUCGGUAGCGAACGCCUCGUCGCCGCAACGAACUGGCUCCGAGCGAACAAGAAAAAGGGCUUCCUUGGCGAGUUUGCUGGUGGUGUUAAUGGACAGUGUCAGGCUGCUGUUAAGGAUAUGUUGAAUUAUAUGGUUAAGAAUUCGGAUGUUUGGACUGGAGCUGCUUGGUGGUCUGCUGGUCCAUGGUGGGGAAACUACAUGUUCUCCCUUGAGCCUAAGGAUGGUCCGGCUUAUAGUACCUACACGCCGAUUUUGAAGGCGUUCGCAUGAGUCUGGAAGGAAUACGAGGCUGGUUUACGUCAGUUGGACUUUCGUUUACGAUGAUCGAUUUACGAGUCCCUCGUUUGGAGCUUAG